UUAUUCUACACACAAAUGGAAGAAGCUCUAGUACUAGCAUUGCCAGAGGACUGUGUUGCUGCAUGUCUUUUUCUUACGUCUCCAUCGGAUGUCUGCAGAUGGUCGUUGGUUUCGACAACGUUUCGAUCAGCAUGUGAGUCCGAUGUUGUCUGGGAGAGGUUCUUGCCAUCUGAUUAUCAGACCAUUCUUUCACAGUCCACAACUCCAUUGAAGUACUCUUCAAAGAAAGACCUUUUCCUCUGCCUCUCCAACUCUCUUCUCAUAGAUGGUGGCAAAAAGAGCUUCAAGUUAGACAAAUCAAGUGGCAAGAUAUCAUACACACUCUCUGCAAGAGAUCUUUCAAUAACUUGGAGCAGUGAACCCAUGUAUUGGAGCUGGGUAGCCAUGCCUGAAUCAAGGUUUGCAGAAGUGGCUGUAAUUAUAAGAAUGAGUUGGUUAGAAAUCAAAGCCAAAAUCUCAACUCGUAAGCUCUCCCCUAACACAAAAUAUGGUGCAUACCUCAUAUUCAAGAUCUCGGAUCGUGGUUAUGGUCUCAAUCUAAUACCAUCAGAGAUAUCAAUCCAAGUUGGUAAUGAUCAAGUACAUAGAAACACAGUGUAUCUUCAAAGAAUUCAAGAUGGCAAGAAACAACAAAUGGAGCAUCUGCUUUACGGGAAUCGGAUCCAAAUGUUGAAGUCCAGAGUUUGUGAAGGAGAAGGAAGAGUCCCAAGUGAAAGAAAUGAUGGAUGGUUGGAGAUUGAGUUGGGAGAGUUUUUUUGUGGGGACGAUGAUAAGGAGGUGGAGAUGAGUUUGAUGGAAGUGAAAGGGCACCAUUUUAAAGGUGGACUCAUUGUUGAGGGCAUUGAAAUCAGGCCCAAACACUACUAACCCUAGAAAGGAAGAUGUGUUUUAUUCUUUCAAUUCUUUGUUGUAUGUGUCAAUGUAUUAUGUGAAGAUGUGGAGUAUUUUGGUACAGCUUAAUAAAAAUGUUGCAAUACCCAGUCAUACAAAAACUGAGCACUAGACAGGGGAAGCCAAAAUCAGAGAAGAGAAGUAGUUUCGGGGGCAAUUGGGGGAGGACUUGUGCAAUUUGUACAGGUAUUGGAAAAGUUUUGAAAAAUCAUA